GUUAUUGUAGGUUUGGUCUUUCUAAUUUGUUGCAUAUUUAUACGAAAUUUGGAUAUAUCUGUAAUUUAUCAUGUUAUACGUGGCCAAUCAGUUAUCAAACUGUAUGUCAUUUUUAAUAUUUUAGAUAUCUUAGACAAGUUGUUCGCCUCAUUUGGCCAAGACAUAUUAGAUACUCUGUUUUGGACUACUACACAAUUUAAAAAAGGAAAAGGAAACAAAUUUCAAGUCAUCCAAUAUUUCAUUUUAUGUGUCUUAUAUGUUUUUCUCCAUACUAUACUGGUGUUGGUUCAAUCGGUUACGCUGAAUGUAGCUGUCAAUUCACAUAGUAAAGCCUUACUUACUAUUAUAGUAUCAAAUCAGUUUGUUGAAUUAAAAGGUAGCGUUUUCAAAAGAUUCGAUCGCUUUAACUUAUAUCAAAUGUCAUGUGCCGAUGCUAGGGAAAGAUUUCAAAAUUUCAUUUUAAUUAGCAUUGUUUGCUUACGAAACUUAACUCAAUAUGCGUAUAGUACCGAUUAUUUUUGGGAAUUAGUGCCUGACUUCCUGAUGGUUAUGGUAUCCGAGGUUUUAGUUGACUGGGUUAAACAUGCAUUUAUUACGAAAUUUAAUAACAUUUCGGCGGAGGUUAGCUCAAGUAUAAUCCAUAGCUACGCUAUAUUUGCCAUUUUUAUCGCUUGA